AUAUUGGACAAAUCCUCGUGGAUAUGUGAGUCAUGUUUCUAUUGAUUUGCAGUCGAGAGAAAGAAGAUAGAGUGACGCACUGCUGUGAAACUUUUUGAGAUAUCGUUGCCUCCAUUUUGGUUUUAAGCUCUGUUCGUUUCGUUGCCUUUCUUUGUCCGUGCAAUGGCUCUUGUAUUUCGGCUGUAAAUGUAGGUGAUUGCGUUUCGUCAAAACAGGGUCAACAAAGUAAUGUCUGCCAAACAAACCUCCCCAUCUUCGGGAAAAAAUAAAAUUCUUUAUCAGGUCGGAGCUCGGCUCGAAGCAAUGGACUUCACGCUAAAUUGGUGAGUUACUUUGCUUAACAGCAACUAAUGUUUUGCCUGCUUUGUCAUUGCAUCUUUUGGAGUAUUUCUCGGUUCAACACAGCGCGCGGAACUCGAAAUGAACUUUGUGGUUGCAUGGUUCACCGAUUUCAGUAACAUGUUUCUUUUCUGCUGUGUAGUAAAUCUCUUUAAGUUGGUGUUUCCGAGUUUGCUGCUGUCGUCACCGGUUUUUUGUUUCCCUCCCUCUUAUAUCCACAUGAAAGGUGUCUUCGCUGGUCGAUGUUUUUAAAAUUUAUUGUGGAAGAGUAUUCAGCAAAGUGUGCAUGCAAAUUGUGUUCAUUCAGCUUAUCGUCGAAAAUGAUGUCACCUUUCAUGGUCAGAAAAAUCCCGGAAAUAUGUUUAUUUUUUCCAAUGAAUGGAAUUAGAAGCAUUAGGUGUUUUCGAUGAGUUAUUUUGCUUUUGUAUUUCUUGGUUUUCGGCUAUAUUGUAUUUCAUUUCAUUUGCUUCUUUAUUGUAGAAAUUGUUGUAGUUGGCACUUUGAUAUUCAUUUAUGUUUACUAUUUUUGUAAUUUUAAUCACAAAAACUUGGCUUUAAAUAUUUUUGUCCCCGAUUUUUAUUUAACAGUGAAAAAGCUGUGUAAAACAAUUUUUAAGAUACAACAUUCCAAUAACUUUUUUUCUCCUCCAAGUGGCAUGAUACUGUUUACCCAUUUGUUCUAUACAUGGUUAAGUAAUAUUUGGAUUAUGUGUUCACAAAUGUUUGGGUGUAGCAAAACAGAUUGUUUCCAUCAGAUUAACAUCUUAGGAAAUUUGGAAAUAUGAGGAAAAACAAGUAAUACAAUUGAUUUGCUUGUGCACUGUAAAUCCACGUUGUUUAUUCACACUUUUAGUUCUUGUUGUGUACCAGUAUAUGAUUGUAGUAUUAUCAGGAUGAAAGUUUCAUCCUACUGUCUAGCAAAGUCAGUUAAUGUGUUUUACCUGUAUUUGGUUGAACUGUUCAGGUUAAAAAAUAGAUUCCAUGUUGCUGUGCAUCUGUUCAGUUAUAGAUAACAGAAGAUGUCAAAAUGUGGUAAAAAUGAUGUUUUUCUAUGUCUUUUCUUGCUUGUUCUUCUUGGAAGAUCCAGAUCUGGUGGUUGAAUUUCAAAAACAUACUUAACAUUUGCCAGCUUCUCUAAGCUAAUGCUUCUCUUUGUAAAUGAUUUAGGUUUUUAAGCUUAAAACGCUCUGAAACACGAUCGCACGCCACAUCAAACAAUGCCUUUGCAUCCGCCGUUUAAAUCUGCUCCAUGGCCCAGUUGUUCAAAAGGUGGAUAAUGCUAUCCACUGGAUAAAUCUCUAUCCAAUGGAUAACGCGAUUGGAUUCCCUCACACUUAUCUGCUGGAUAGCGCCAUUCAAUGUUUGAACAACCAGCGCCAGGAAAAUAGAUUUAUGCUGUCUGCUUGAUUUGAGCAGGCAACAAUCUGAUUGGUGGUAAUUGACAAUAGCAAACUCGUAUGUCCAGCCGUCUGUUCAGCGGGGGAGGAGUGUGGUCUCAUUUCCCAAACAGCAACUGGUAAUUGAGCCUAUUUCAUGUUUAGAGUGCAAAAACUUUAGUAGCCUAUGUAAUUUUAAGAAGAAGCUAAUGGCUCGGUAGUGAAAAAAAAUGCAUUAGGGUGCAACUACUGUAGCAGAACCUUAGUAAUGAUAUUGUAUUUUGACAGAUAAUACAGUGUGACAUUUUACUUAUUGUUUGGCAGUACUGAAUAACCUCUUAAUACACCUGUAUUACAUUGGUGCAAAAUGUUAAGUAUCUCUUGCGGCGUGCAAAGAAAGUAGUGUCAGACAGCUCGGGGCUAAUGGAUUUUGUUAUCGGGCUAGUUAAUUCUGUUUUUAACUUGUGAUGUUUUUUUGGGGAGUUCGAGUAACAGAAGAACUGUGAAAUCAAUUCUGCUCGUCAAAAAGCUUUUGGGGCCAGCGGAAAUGACGUUUGGGCUAGUAACUACUAGCCUCAGCUUGCCCGAAGGGCAAGCUGUAAAAAUGAUUUUCUUCGCACGCUGCUCUUGUCAUAGUGCAAUUAUCUGCUCAUAGGUAUUCUGCAAAAAUUUGCCGAGUGGAUGAAAAAGAGAAGAAGGUGCUGAUUCACUUUGAAGGAUGGAAUCAUCGAUACGAUGAAUGGAUCGCAUUUGGCAGUGAACGACUGAGGCCACACUCUCGACAACACACACAGCAGGAUCCUAAAGAUGAGAAGGUGUGUUGAAAAUAACAUGAAUUUUUCAAUUCAAUAACGUUUUUUGUAAGAAGCUUGAUGUUGUAAUUUUCUGUAAGCAAAUAAUUUGUAGGUAAAAUCUUAUUUCAGGUUAAUCCAGAAUUUCCUUUGUUUUUUAAUAAAUAAAUGGGGCUAGGAAACAAAGGAAGUUUUGAAUUAAACUACAAAACUGGUUUAACUGGGAAUGGAUUUACCUACAACAAAAUAAUACACCUCUCUCUAAUAAUAAUAAUAAUAAUAAUAUUUAAUACUUAUAUUGCACUUUUUCUAUAAAAAUACUCAAAAGCGCAUUACAAUAUUAUUAAUAACUAAAUUAAAAACCAGUAAAAUUACAAUAUUUAAAAAUAAAUAAAUAAAUAAAUAAUCUAAUUAAAAGCCUUCUUAAAUAAAUAUGUUUUAACAGAGCGUUUAAAAGAGUCGAUUGAUGUUUCCUGUCUUAUUGGCAGAGGAAGACUGUUCCAUAAAAAGGGGGCAGCCAUCGAUAACGCGUGAUCUCCCAAAGUCUUCUUCGUUCUUAGCCGAGGUCUUUCUAACAAUAUACCAUUAUUGUUACAGCGUAGUUGGUAACGUGAGUCCGGUAAGACAGAGACAAGAUCCUUAAGAUAGCUAGGCGCAACACCGUGAAGAAUCUUAAAUGUUACAAGGAGAAUCUUAAAAUCUACGCGCAAGCGCACUGGUAGCCAGUGGAGUUCUCUUAGCAAAGGAGUAACGUGACAAUACUUAGGUGCGCAGUAAACCAAUCGAGCACUGGCAUUCAGGACUCUUUGAAGUUUCUUAAUUUGAUACUCAGGAGCACCGUACAAUAAACCAUUCCAGUAGUCAAGCCUGCUUGUGAUGAACGGGUGAACAAGCCUCUCGGUGGACUGACGAGGCAAAUACUUCCUAAUGUGCCGGAUAUUGUACAAAUAAUAAAACGCGCUAGCACAAGUCUUAGACACAUGAGUCGACAUGUCCAUAUGAGAAUCGAACCAGGUGCCCAAAUUGCGCACUGAAGAGGCAGGCGAUACCUCAGCUUGGCCGAUCGUGAUCUUGUCAACGGACACCUUUGAUAACUGUCGUUCCGUGCCAAUGAUCAAGAACUCAGUUUUGUCGUCAUUUAGGAUUAACUUAUCAUCUCUCAUCCAUGCGCGAAUGUCAUGAAUACAGUUCUCAAUCGCAAUCACAGCAUCAGCCUCGCUGGUCUUAUCAACGGGAUUAAACGAUAGAUAUAGCUGCGUAUCGUCCGCAUAGGUGUGAACGGAUGGCAGAUGAGAUUUCAAGAUGUCAAACAGCGAACUCGCGUAGAUGGUGAAUAAGAGGGGACCCAAACAAGAACCUUGUGGGACCCUGCAAGUCAGAUUAAAUUUAUCAGAGAGCGAUCCGUUGACUGAGACCUGCUGCGUUCUUCCCGCCAAAUAAGUUAUGUUCUUCACCCUUUCAAUCCCAAGGGCUCUCAACCUUUUUUUAAUGAUAAAUACUAAGUUUUUUCCUUUAACAUUUAAAUGAAAAAUGAAUAAUAUCUUGCAGAAUUGAAGAACUGUUAUAGAGGUUUUUGCACCAUUCUUCACACCAUAGGAUUCAUCCACAGCCUCAAAAUUUGCCGUACUUGUAGAACUGCGAAAUUAAUGAAUAGCACCACGUAAAAGUACUGCCAAAGGUGUCAUUGGAAUAGUCACACCAGAGUGUUUUCCUAGUAUCUUAAAACACACUGUAGAAGUACAAUAUUAGCAGUUCUACAGUUUGUACCUCAUGGUUCCAUGUGUGACUCUUGAGGUGAAAAGCUUAACCCUUUCUAACACUCUUACAGUGAAUCAUAGCUGUCAGCCAGGUAUAUUAAAUUAGCAGGUAGGGAAUUGAACAACUAGAAAGCUCUUUUGGUUCUACUUUCCUUUUGUUGCUUAUGAUAAUAGCCAGGGACAUAACUCUUACUGGUGUGACCACUUAAAAUGAAAUUAAACCUCCUCAGCAGUACUUUCACAUGGUACUAUUUAGUUGAGCUUGCUUUAGCACAGCAAGACUCUAAAAAUGCAGGGUUUUUUUUAUCUAUCCGUCAUGAAACGGGGUGCAUAAUCCCACUUGUGAUAAUUUUCAUUGGUUGCAAAUGCGUCUUGUGAUGAGCAUGCGGUUUAUUUUCGGCGAUGACUGAAAUGACGCAUGUGCGUGCAAGUUGAACACGUUUGGCAAUGAUAUAAUUUUCCCAGAAUCAAGGUCCUUGAUUUUUAUGUAACUAUGAAUGCGUAUGAAAUACCCUGAGUGAAGAAUGUGAAAAUAUUAUUGUGGUGUAUUGAGGUGUUACGUUUCGCAGACUAUUAUUGCAGUUACUGGAACUCUACGGUUAAAUAGACUCACUUUGUUGUAUCUAUUUAAUUGACAGAUUUUCGCGGUUUUUAAGAUGUGAAGUCGCACUUUUAUAAAUACUUGAGAUAUGAAUGAUUUAACCCUCGAGUACUACUGGAAGCGGCUACCUGUCUGACGUUAUGUAUGUGUCACAGAUGUGUUUAAUAAUUAAAAAAUUACGGGAGCUUUGUAUUUGAAUACCACGCACACUACUUGCAGCACUCCAUAUCCAAAGAGUAGAAAUCCCAUAUUGAGCUUUUCUGGAACAGGUUGGUCCACGAAUUCUAUGGCCUGAACGUGUUGAUUACUAACUUCAGUGCUCGAAAAAAAGAAUAAGCUUCAAGGUGUACUGGAAAACCAGGAUCAAGGAUCAAUGAUUGAGGACUCAGAAUUGAGGAUCGGGGAUCGAGGUUUGGUUAACCCUUUAAGACCUAAGAGUGAUCAGCAUCAAAUUUCUCCUUGUGAUAUCAAUGCUUUGUAAAACAGAGUGGUCAUGAGAAUUACAGACAUGAUCACACAAGAUGAAUUUGCUUGAUAUCUUAUCAACUUCUCCCCACUACUUCUGUAGGAAAUAAAUAGGGGCAACUAACAAGAAUUCAAAUUUUGAUCUUAGGGUUUAAAGGGUUAAAAAAACUCAAAUAAAAUAAAUGAGUAAAUAAACAAAUCUUGGAUCAAAUAGUGAAGAGAACAUAACCCCGCUCACUGUACGCAGUCACUGAGCACUAAAUUUAAGUAAACUACUCCUGAUCUGACUGAGUCAGUAAUUGUUUUGAUGAGAAAGUGAAAUUUUCCUGGAAAAUGAAAUGAUUUAUUCCAUUGAUACUCUGAUAAAAUGCAUGCUGUGUGGAGCUCUAAACAUUGUACUCUGAGAUCGUGUAAACAUCAAAUGUACAGAGAUAUUAAAAGCAGAUACCAAGCAGCCAUGGAAAAUGUAAUUACUUUCACACAAUUUUGACAUCUUAAAUGGACAACAAAUUCAACAAGAAUUCGUGCAAACUGAAUUAACUGUCUAUUGUAUAAGGUUCUGCUAACCUUACACCUUUUGUGCUGAGCAAAAACUGUAUUGAGCUGUAUCUUGGUUACGCUACAUAGAAGCUGUAUAUAUCUUUAUAAUGAUAAAAAUCAUUGUUCAAUUUUUUGAGGGUAAAAUCCCUGAAAGAGUUCUCCUCACUGUAGCAAUAGCAAUAUGCAAACGGUUAUUAAAGGCUUCAGUACCUUGGUGUAAAGCUAAGAUGUACAGGUGGCCUGUCUCUCCUCUCAAUUUUUACGUUUUGGGUAUUUACAUUAACAUAUAACACUCGUUUUGUAUUCCCAAUGAAAAAGUAGCAUAACCAGCUGACAAGAAUACUUAUCUCCGAGCAAGCAAGACUCAACGCUACUAAGAGCAUUCUUGUUAUUUAGAAAGUCACUUUAACUUUUAGUCUAUGGAUGAAAUCCUGUGGUUUGGCCAUUCAAGUGUAACCUCCUCAUCAGUUUUUUCAGCACUUCGUUGUAUUGAAUUUUGGGUUUGGCCACUGUUAAGAGUGAAAGGCUGAAAGAAGUCCUGCUUGAAGCACUUCAUCGUCAAAGCUGAUUUUGACGUCUUUAUAUGUACAACAAUGUGUUGUGGUGCAGUUGUUUUCUUUGUUUUAUAUAAAACAAGAAGUUUAACUGCAUUUUAUACAUAAUUGUUUGUCAUAGCAAGUAAAGUUUUACUUUACUAAGCCUGUUCCAAGAUCUCGGUCAAUGCAGACAAGCAAAAACUGUGACCAAGCAGUGAAAUGUAGUGAACAUGAGAAAAAUGGCUGGAAGAGAGAAGGGGAUUGCUUGUAAGCAAUCUGCCCACUACCCUGCCCACUUGCUGAAAAAGCGUUUUUUGGUGGCAAAAUGUCAAGACACCAAGUGGUGCAGUAUGGCAGGGUUUCACAUUCUUGGUCACAAUUGACCAAUAUAGGGUAUACCAGGAGCUGGUAUACUGGAAAACAAUGUUCACAGACUCCACUACUCUGUCUCUCCUCAGCCUUUCUCAAUCUGCUUUCCCAAAUGACUUGGGGCCUGGAACAGGCUAAAUAAUACUGGGGAGGUACUUACUAACUUAAUUUAUUUUCAGGACUGAAUAAUAUUGUUUUUGUAUAUUGUUGUUGUUGUUUUUGUUAUUUUGUUGAUGCUAAUACACUUCUCUGCUUUUUCUUAUCAUGUAUAAUUUAUGAACAAUCACAAUGAACACAUUGCAUGUAGAUCGUGCUCUGUACAUGUUACUGCACAAAUUUUGCUGCCAAGGUGGCUAUGUGUUUCACAGGUUUUUGCCACAUCAAGCAUUUUUUGGGACCUUUGUUAAUUUCACAAACUGUGGUGUAGAAAAGCAACACAAACUCUAAGAGUUCUUUAUCAGAGGUUAUUUUGUCAAUAAAUUUUUAGAAGGUAAAUUUUUCAGUCCAUUAACAGAUGUUUACUUUCUUGUGUAAUCUUAUGUAAUCAACAAAGAUCUAGCCCUCACAACUUUAAGAUUGUUUGGUAAAAAUAUUGUAGGUGUAACUUUGAUAGUGGUUUUCACUGUUAUGGCACCUUUUAGAAAACUCCAUUAAGGCUGGUUUUAUAGAAAAUCCCAAGUUUUCUUUAUUUAAGAGUAUUAAGGGAACAAGAGGAUGUAUUAUAACAAAGCAUUGCUCUCUAGCUUUCAUUUGUAUGAUGACACUUAGAUGUAGAUUACUCAAAACUUAGAACCACCUUGUUUAUCGUGUUUAAUUAUAUCCAAGCAAGAAUUCUUUAACUGCUGCAGUUAGCUUCCACUUGCAAAAAAAAUAUGAAAACCAAAGAAGAUUCUAUCCAUAGCAUUAGCUAGGAGGAAUAUUUUGUACUUAACUAACCUCAGCUAUUGUUUGGAUUUGACUCGGCUUUUUUUAUUUCCAAGUAUUGACUUAGUAUGUAUAACAGACUGUUUUUAUGAGCAGUCUAUCUUUUCACUUGAUGGCUGGCGAGAUUGUUUUUAAUAAUAUAAAUAAUUUCUGUUUUGAUUUGAAAAGUAAGUUUCCCUUUAUACAAGUGUACAAAGAGGGACACACAUUGACAGCAAAUUAAUUAAAGUAAUGCAAGAGUUAGUUCUGCAGAUGUUCUUUGGCAGACAAUUUAAUAUUACCUCCUUCUGUGUUCUUUUGAAUUCCUUUUAUGAUAUUUCUCUUUGUAGCAUGGCUAUCUUCAAAAUCUGUUUAAUUUUCUCUUCAAUUUUGUUCCUUGUAAUUUAUUAAUGAUAAUUCCCGUGUGGACUUUCCCUGAAGAUACUAUUUCCCCACUACACUGAAUUUUAAUUUAAAUUAUUAAAUUUACUUAACACUUUAAAUGUUUUUUAUAAUGUUGUUGUAAAUUCUCCUUCUUUAUACAUAUGCAGAUUGUUUGGUGUUUUUUUAUUAUUGCUUCAUACAUUAUUAAUGCAUUGUUUUGCUUGUAAACAUACUGUACAUGUAUGUGUCUGUACCCUCCUGCUUUCUAAAAUAUUUUUCCCUUUCUUUGUACCGUGCUUAUCUUCAUUCGCUGCGAUGUCCAUCUCUAGCAGGAAGCUUGCGACUAUCAGGUUAAGAUGAGUUUCUUUUGCUGUUUUUAUCUUGUUAAUACCAUAACCAUGUUAUAUAGAUUAGUUCAUUUUUUAAAGUUAAAUCUCUAAUGUAAAUUACAAUGAAUCUAAUUUUGAUUCUUGUUUUCAAGCCAUUAUAAUAAGUUCAUCUCAUGACUUUACACUGCCCCAAAAAAUCUAAAAGUCCUGGAGUUUUGCAAGUCAAGAUCUUAUUUCUAUAACUUAACGAAGACAGUUAAGUCAGACAGUUAGGUUAAUCUGCACCUCUCCUAUCAUAAAUAGCAACCCAUUGUCCUUCUUCGAUUAAUAAAAUCACAGAUCCAUGCAACUUCCAGCAUAAAGCAUGAGUAGUUUUUCAUACGGUACUAUGAAAAACAGCUAUUUGCUAUAUAUAUAUUUGGUGAAGGGGUGCAAGUCUUCCAGUUUUGUGCUUACUGGCUUACAGCGAGUAGGUAUUUUGUCAAUGUCUAUGUAAGUAAGUCAGUAAGGGCAUUUUUAUUGUCUCUGUAGUGCUCAGAGUUAACUUGUAACCUUUGGAGGAAAGGUACUGGGCUCAAUACCUGCUAUUGCCCUUUUUUUUCUCAGACAUUUUUAAUAAUUCUUCAUUUAUUUAUUUUAAGACCAAGAAUUUAAUAUUUUUGAGAUAACUACCACUUUUGAUAUGACAGCAUUCAAUUCAACAUUCAAUGUCACAAAUUUGCAAAAAUUCAAAACAACUGGCAUCUUUAAAAUUUUGUCUUAUGGUAAUUUCGUUAUGAAAUUGGCGUGCUUUAUCUUGGCAAGAUGUUUCCUGCCAAUUGCAAUAGUCCCUGAACCAUCGCAGCCUAACAAACCAUACGUGCUAAGACUCUUAGAGGACUAUUUUUAUUCAUUGUGACUGGUUAAGUCAUUAUGACCAAUAUGAAAAUAGCUGGUUAAAGCUGACUCUUUCUUUUCCUUUGUUGAAAUUUCCUUUAGUGACAUGAACUUAUAACUGACCAGGCUAAUCCUUCAAUUUCGGGUUCAUUAUAUUGAAAACCUCGAUUUAACAAAUUUUUGGGAAAACAAGAAAUGUUUGUUAUACCAAGGUAUAAUGCAUGCACGUAGAAAGUAAUGCAAGAAAAGAGUUACAUGGUAGAUCGUUUCAACUUUGGGCUGUGUCUCGCACUUCUAAUUUCCCCGGCAGGGAUUUUGCCCAGAAGGUGAAAUCCUGAGGAGGCACUCUAGUAAUUCGUGUGUGUAUUAAGGAAAGUAUUUACAAUUGAUAUAUACAGUCAGUAUGCCAGAAAAAAUCUUGAUUGGCUAGAACAGGAGCCGCGAGGAAUGGGUAGGUAAUGGUGACGUUUCUAUUGUUUGUGCCCACAAGUACGAAAUGGUUAGGAUGACAUAAAGAUAGAAAAUCCAGAAGGGACCGCUUAGAUAGAUUUUGUGACCGUUAUUUGGCAGUAAAGCAGUAUGUAGGAUGUUUGUCCCAUGAAUCGAGAGUUCACAAAUCUUUGAUUGGCACCCUUGCCAAACACUCUUUCUCUCUCUUUGACCGGAAUAAGACUCAGCCCCAAACAAGCAAGACGAGUGAACAACAGCUAGCUUAUCACUAGCAGAACGAUGGAUGAUUACAGAAAUUAGCCGACAAUCAAAUUCUGUGCUGACUUAUUCCCUGCUCACAGAUGUCCUUGUGCUAUAAAGUUUAAAAUAAGACUAGAAUGUGCGAGCGUGAAGUGAUCAAACAUCCUUUUAAUUUCUAAGGUUUACUUUCCGGCAAAUAAUUUGAACUGAAUGUAGAAAGUGAAAGAGGAACAACGAAAAAUUCAGCUUCUAAUUAAGUCUUUUCUUAUGGUUUAGAAUAAAUUAUUCUCGAAACUGAGAAUGUUUUGAUCAAAGCUGUGUAAAUCGAACUGAAACUGUGCAGUGGAACCUUGCCUGUGCUGUAUUUAUCUCACCUAUUGUGUGCAAUAUGUGUGGAAAUCUUCAUUAUGAAUAACUUUGAAAUAUACCAAUUAUUGGUAUAUUUCAAAGAGCUAGUCAACGAGCAAGAAUACUAUUGACCGACAAUAUACAGAGAGGGGGUGGGGGGGCAGCUCUAAUGUCAACUAUUACUAGUGUAAUAUUGUGUAGUAACUAAAAAAAGAAUAUUUAUUUUUGGCAUUUUCAAUAUUGAUUGUAGUACUAACUUGACUCCAUUAUGUUAUUCUCUGUUAUCCUCACUAAUAAAAGUGCUUUAAAUUUGAUAUUUUACGGAAAUGAUAGAAGGCCCAUGGACAUCAAUUCGAGACCAUUUUACAAUGUGUCGUACAAUUUACAAUACAAUGCAAUAUCCACUUUUGUAUAAUAGCAAUAACAUAAUGAUAGUGACAGCCGGUUAUGUUUAUAAGAUGUGAAAUAUACAGCUGUAGCUAGAGUUAUUAACCACUGUCUUGUAGUUUCUUAUAACAUCACCUUGUUUUAAUAACCCAAGUGAGUGGUUCACAUCCCAGCUAAUUGUGGUAGUUGUCAUGGGGUUUAAAUGAGCCUGGGCAAAUUUGUACAGAGUUAAUGUGAUAUAAAUAGCAGGGAAUAUGUUUCAGUUUUUUUUCCUGAGCUUAUUUCAGUGUCAAACUCUCAAUCAGGAAACAUAAAAUGAAUGUUAGACAUUUUUUCGUUGAAGAAAAUUGCAAAUUCUGAGGUGAGAAACUUAUGUCAUUAUAGGGAAAGGUGAAUGUUCAUUAGAUUGCUUUUAGUUGUUCUGUAGGAUGAAUUCCAUUCUUAUCUUGAUUUAUACUCAACGCUUUACAUUGUAGAAAUCAGCUGUCAAAUGAAAAGACAAAAUGUAGCCGAUGUAGCAAAACUGAAUAGUAGGGAUUGGUUAAUAAAUGAUGACUCUCUAGCCCUCAAUAAAGUUCCCACUUUCUUUUGAAGCAGUAUCAUGCACCUUUAUGAGAGUUUAUUUGAGAAACAAACUCAACUGCACUGAUUAAAGUAAUAGCAGAUUAGAUAAAAUUGCUUAUGUUUAACUUGACUGUUUGUUUAACAUACAGUAUUGUAUUUGUUUGCUCUUGCAGGAUUGGAAGGUUAAUGACCGUGUGUUAGCAAAGUGGCAGGACUGUAAAUUCUACCCAGCAAAAAUAGUUAAAAAUCUUAGUGAUGGUAAGAAUUAAUUAAUUUUACUAACCAGCUGAGGUUCAAGCUUUGCUUAUUAUUUUCUUGUCGAUCUGUUUAAUAUGCAAGUGUUCUGUGGAGGUCAGAAAUGCAUCUAAGCAAAGUGUUAUCCCAUUUGAUUAUCAGAAAUGUAGCCACUCUGCUAAUUAGGUGUCAGAUUCCCAUCAUUCAGGUGCAAGAAUGAGAACGUACUCUCAUGAAUUUCAGUGGAUGAUGUCAUUACUCUUGAAAUGAAUCCUACAUGUUAAUAAUUUUAUCAGUUCACUUGUGUUGGGACAUGUACUAAUUUUAUUAUGCUGUAAGAAAUUCUGAAGUGUUGCAAAAUGCAGGCUACCUGUACUGAUCAAGCAGUACUAUCCUGUGGUGCUGUUUGUAAUGUUAUACAAGGUGGUUUUAAGGUGGCUCCACUGGAUUUUUUAGGGGGUAAACUUCCCCACUUUGAAUGUUUACCACGUCGGCAUUAACAAAAAAUAUCAGAAAAAGGUUACCACAGCUAUAUAAGGAUACACAUUUGUUAUGAUCCAUGUUUUAUUGACAUCAGAGUUGGUAUGGCAACAAAGUGAUUCCAUUACGUUUUUUACUUUCCUUUGUAUUUCUCAGUAACAUGAGAUUUUUUCAGAAAUUGCUUAAGGGAGCUUGUUUCUCCCUUAGUUGCCUUGAUUUAUGGCAAAGUUUGAACAAAUUCUAUGAGAGUAGUUUGGAAAUAUUUUGAAACAAAGUUUUAAAUGUCAUAAAAACAGUCAAUAAUCAUACCAUCGACAUAAAAGGUCUGGAAAUGCAGUUUUAUCUCAUAGUGGUUUGAUUCCACCUAAAUUGUGUAUUAUAAAAGAGGCAGAUUGCUUUGGCUGGUUGUGACAAAGAAGAAUUUGAUUAGACUACGUUCAGCUGCUUUCUUGACCAUUUUUGGUGUGUAAUUUGGUCCACACCUACAAAUUUCGCGGUAAUUUAAAAACCGCUCAAUAAUGUUUUUUAAAUAGUUGAAAAUCUGGAGAUUAAUCAUCAAUUUACAUCUCCUCCUGGUUUCAAGGACAUUGAAAACAAGGAAGGCAAUAUUAAAUGGGGCUUCCAAUGUCACAAAUUUUCCCCCCAGAGUUUGUGUUUAUGAGUGAGCGUCCUCAUUAUUCAUUGGCACUGUAGUCAAGUUUCAUAUGCACAUGCACAACUUUAGCCAAAAACUUAUUUGCCUUCAAAGGAGCCUCAAUUACCUUCCAGUCAAAUUGAGGGGUCUCCAUCCAAUGAAAAUAAGGUGAAAGAGAAAAUAUAAUUAUUGCAGAAUGGAAACAUAAGUGCCAAUAUAUUAUUGCCUAGAAAUUUCUUUCUUCGGUCCAAAUGAUGAAAAAGUGAUGCUACAGACAUUAGCUGUGGUCACACUGCACACUUUUUACCUAGGUAAACUUGACUUGAUGACUUGUUGAUUUUUUAAGUGUGACCGAUUUUUCCCAAGGUAACUUACCUCGGGAAAAUUUUAUCGUCUCGGGCUUGGAUAUGUCUUGAGAACAAUAGAGUUUCCUUUGACAGCUACCCCAAAGCGAUAGCUAGGGAAAAAUGAAAUACUGAGGUUGCUAGCCAACAGAGGCUCAUCAGCAAAGGUGUGGAUGACAGAACCAGACAUAGUUCACAUUGUGAAAGAAAUUUUGGGGACAUGAGUCGUCUACGUCUUCGUCUGUCUUCACCUUGCUCAUUGAAUUAGCAUAAAAAUUAACAGUGAGAUAAAAUGAAAAAUGUCUCUAUGAUCUGCUCGAUCCCUCAGCAUCUUGCCUUCUUGAAUUUACGUGCCAGAAAAUUCAACUGUGCGUGAAAACCUUGGAAGCCAGUAUCAGUAGUGUGACCUUCCCAGAAUUUGUUACCUAGGUCAAACAAAACCUGAGAUGAAUUUACCUUGGGAGAUUUUUGAUGAAUUUAACCUAUGUAAAUCAGUUUUACCGAGAUAAAAGUCUGUAGUGUGACCACUGCUAUUGUCUUCACCACUUCAGCUAUAUUAGCAUAUUGUGGAGAACUCUUCAGAAAGUAAUCAAGGGUUCUUUUGAAUGGAAAUUAGUUUUUUGUUUAAGUUGUACAUGCACAUAUGAAACUUGAAUGCCAGUGAAUAAUGAGUCAAGCCACCUUAAAUCUGAGUCUGUGCAUGAAAUCCUGAAGUAUGACCAUUCAAAUGAAACCACAUGACUGUAUGGGCAGUACUUUCCUGUGGUGCUUUUCAUUAUGUUGUAUAAAGUGGUUUUAAAUUUGACUCUGUGCAUGAAAUCCUUAAGUGUGACCAUUCAUAAUGAAAGCUACUGUGGCACCCUGUUGCAAUAGUAUGUUGCCAAGGGCCUCUCAGGUACCACUCGAGUACAUCCCUGAGAGACAUUAGUUAUUGAAAACUGUUUCUGGUAAAGUCAAAACAUAGCAAAAGCCCAGUUUCUCUGAUAUGACAGGUACAUGUAGGUUAAGGCUUAAAACCAGCAUCACCUGUUGAGGUUCACAUAAUAGUGAACAUUAAGUUGUUGGUUCAUUUGCAAGAUUAGUUGUUGAAGCUUAGCUUUGUUAUGGCGAACAAUAAUUAAGCAAGGUUACAAUGAAAGAAGAAAGAACAUAUUUUGUUGAUGGCUCAUUUGUAAGAUAAGUCAAUCAUAUGUGGUUUUGUUAUUGACCAACUUUUUGAGCAAGUGUGUUUCACUUCCAGUGUUCGUCAUGUUAAUGGUUGAGCUGUUGCAAUAUUGUAGUAGAAUACUACAUGUACAUACUGUAUUUUAUUCUUCCUGUACUGGGAUGUUAGUCAAAAUAAUAUUGACAGUGUUAAGAGUGGGAGAGAAAAUUGAGAAUGGUGUGAGCAGUUUAAAUUUUAAGUGAUAGCAAUAAUAAUUUAUAUAAGUGGUAGUUUCCUUUAUAGCGUUUGAUAAUAUUUUGGUUGUUUUACUCAAAAAGCUUUAAUAUCGUUACUACUAACAAAUGGAUUUGACCUAAGUGAAAGACUACAUGGUUCCUGGCUGUAAACCUAUGUAGAAGUGACUUCCUCUUAAAAAUUAAUCUUGUACUGUUAUUUUCCACUAAUUGACAAAAAACAUGGACUUUGUGUAGUUUGCUUUUUACUCUGUAGAGUUGUUGUUCUCUCUCAUGUGAUGCAACAGAUACAUUUGUUUCUUGAUAUCUUUCAAAUAUAGGUGCAUAUGAAGUCCUUUUUUAUGAUGGAAUCAAGAAGGUUGUUCAUAGAGUAAAUAUUAAACCCGAUAGCAGAGUAAGUUUGUGCACAUUUUACUCUAGUUAUACUAAUAUGUAUGCUGAAUAUUGCAUUCCAUGUGUACAGUUGGCUUACAGAUUUCGUAAGUCAUCUGAUAGGGAAGAAUGCGAAAGAGAAUGACAAGAUGUCCAUACAGAAACACUUCAUUUAACUUGUGCUGUUUUUGUAUACAGACCUUGUCAAACAAUAAAUUUCGUUGUAGCCUAGAUGGCCUGGUGCAUAUAACUGAUAGCCAGGAAUAAACUUCUCUAAUGUUGUUUACUCUAUAACAUCUCAUUGACAAUUUUCUAAGCUUCCUAUCCAAAUUUAAGAAAGUUGACGGUGUGCACACAGCAUUUCAAGCUGUGAGUGUUUGGUUGCCGUGGCAAGUAGAAAAAAUUGUGGCCCAAAUUGCACUUAGAAGUUGCCAAUUUGGCAACCAGUGUUUAGUUGUCAUGAGAUAAGCCAUAAUGUUUUAUUAGUGUUAAAGGUCUUUCUAUAGUUCAAUAAUAAGAUAAACAUGUGCCUGAAAUAUUACUUAUGCUCUGUUUUCAUUAUUAUUUGGGCUGUCUCUGUAUUGAAAGGUUGCAUGCACAUCCAAACUCUACGAUGUAUUGUGAUAGUUGGACAGCUAUUUUGAUUAUCAAACUUUACAUCCAAAGGCACUAAGACCCCCUAUUUACACUGGUCCAGACAAAGUUUUGAAGGAACAAAUUUUGUACCUCUGCAACUUGUUCACUUGGAACCAUGCAAAUCCUGUUACAAAUUAAACUGUUUACCGUUCAAAAACUUGCACUUGCACUUGGCGCACAGUUCUACAGGUCCUAUGCAAAGGAAAGGCAGAUCCGUGCAAAUUUUUGUCCAUUCAAAAAUUUGUCCAGACGUGUGUUUAAUUGGGUCUAAGUGUCCUGGUGCUAGUGAUCAAUGUUUAUGUUUGGCAACUGGCCAAAGGGAAACCCUGAAGGACAGUUGAGCUUGAACCACUGAGGCAAUAGUGCAGUUGUUAUGCAGAGAGCUGUGGCCCGCUGUCCAUUUAUUUGCUCACUUCAAUCAUGCAUUCAUUGCAAUUACAGCCGUUUUUUGUGUAAACAAUGUAUUCUUAUUUCUUUAAUUUCUAAUAGCAAAUUUGUGAUCUGUUCAUUAACUUCUUUUUUGUUUAUAUGUAACAUCAUGCUGACCACAGAAUAUGCUGAAAUCUAUUUUAUUUCAUUUUAUUUUAGUGGGACGAGUCUUCAGCAUUUUAGGCUAUUAUAUUCAAACGCAAGUGACUACCAAGUUGUUAAUGCAUUUUAUUAAUGAUGUAGGAAGAAAGCAAACAUUAUGAUCAUGAUAAUAACAAUGGUUUUCCCUUUGAUAAUGUAGAAGCAAAUAAUGGUGCCUGUAACCAAACUAGAGCAUGAAAAGGAGGUUCAGGAAAGAAAAGAAAGACGACAGCAAAUGGCUUCAGCUAGAGCUGAAAGAGCACGCAAGAGGAGUGCUGAGACAAGUCCCACCCCACCUGUGGUAGCUGUGAAAAAAAGAGAUGGAAGAAGCAGAAAAGGAAAGACACAAGAGUAAGACAAAGUUUAAAAUAUCAAACUCUGAAAUGCAGUUUUGAGGCCAUUUUGGGCAUCAACUACGACUAUUACAACUUUUACCACAGGAAAAAACUGAUCACUUGAAGUUUACGUAUUAUAGAAUACAGUCUUAAUUCUAAUGCUUAGAAAAUUCCUUUUACAAAUUCAAUAAAGUAUUCUUGGCGAUGCCAUGUGUCUCUUUUAGUUAUUUUAACCAGAGUAGGACUGGAGUUAAUUUCACGAGUUUCAAGUAGUUGAUUUUUUAAAUGUUAUUAAUUCAUGUUUAACUUUAUUUCACUUAUUUACACAUAUCUAUUUAUCUAUUUAUUUGUAAUUUAUUACAGACAGUCUGUCUGCUGUACCGAUUAUCUCCGCCUGCCUCGACUAGCACCUGCUAUUUGCGGGCGGAAAUGGGCUCUAUGUAAAUGUGAAUUGUUAAUAAUAAUAAAGUGUGUCUAAAAUUGAGUAACUCAUUACCAUGUUUUAUCAUGAAGGGCUGGGCCAAAGUGAAUGUCGCAUACCCGAAUGUUUAUGUGGUUAAAACAUUGCUGUUGUGAAGUGCGGAAGCAGCAGCAAGUUCACUUGUUUGGUCUCAAUUUUUUCGAUUAUAAUUUACAAUAUAGGAAAAAGGAAAACUUAAAAUCAGAUGAAAGGAAUAGAUAGAAGACUUGAGCACAAACGGAGUAGAGAAAAGCAGCUAAUAGAAUGUAAAGUAAGCGGCUACAAAUUCCAAAUUAGGCGGUGAUCAAUUGCCAGGUGCCGGCCUCUAUUGAGGACCCUUGGGGUGUGUAGUAAGUUCUGGAUCAGGAGUCUUGUAUCUUCUGUAAAACCCAAACUUGAUAGCUAGGAUUCAAGAAUGGGGUAGAAGUUUACAUCCUACUGAGGUAGUGUCUUGUUCUUUGCAGCAGAGAUGAAUUUGGACCAGUCAGUGAGUCCAGUAUGUCAAGCCCAGCUGGUGAAGUGCCUGAGGUUGAUGAAGUGACUCUGGAAUCAGACAAAAUGUAAUUAUCUCUAAGACCUAAAUAAUAAUACCAUCUCUUAUGACAUAAAUUAUUUAUGCACUGUACGGUCAAUAAGUUGUUAUGAUAAUCUCAUAGCAAUUGCCUUGUAAUUUCUUUAAUUAUUAACAAAAACAACACCUUCAUUAUAAUAGUUAUUAUUAUUAUUAUUAGUUGAAGUAGUAGCAGCAGCAGCAGUAGCAGUUGCAGUAAAAGUAGUAGUGUUAGUGGUAGUAGUGGUGGCAGUGGUGGUAGUAGUGAUAGCAGUGGUGGUGGUAGUAGUGGCAGUAGCAGUGUCAUUAAAGUUAAACCUCUUUUUGCCACCACCUCCUCUACAAAUUGCCAACACAUUUUACUUGUCAAUUAUCCUCUUAAUUAUACUAUUGGUUCUUAAAGCUUGGUCUUGUAUGGCCUUACUCGUACCCUCUGUCUCCUCAUUUAGGUGUUUAUCACUUUGUGCUUGUUAAGUACACCAUACUUCUCUUUUAACGUGAUCAAAGUUAUUUUUUGCUGUGUUUUUUUAUGUGUUUUACUGAAGGAGUGAGAAAAACCAGGAGGGUGGAGUAGUGGAAGAAAUGACUGUUGAAAAAGCUGUGAAGAAUGAGCCUGAAGAGGUUGAUGAAAAUAAAACUGUCAGGCAAUCAGUAAAGAAGGAUACAAAGAACACAGCAGAAGUUCCCUUUACUCACAUAAGAGAACCUAUUACAUCUGCCACAACCAAACAUGAGGAUAAAGAGCAUGAUGAAUCAGCAGAGUCUGUUAUUAGUUAUGAAAAGAUAGAGACUGAAGAUGGGGGAAUAAAAAUAGAAGAUCCUCCUGCAUCAAAUGUUUUACAGUUAUCUGGUGAAACUCGGAAUGAAGACACUGAAGCAGAUAUGCCUCCGAAAGAAGGAUCUGCUGACAAUUCCUCUUGGAAUGAAGAAACCAAGGAGACUUGUGAAAUAAGUUUAAAAAGUGAAAACAAAGAUAAUGUUAUUAAUGCAAGCAUGUUGAAUAUUACAAAUAAGUUGGCUGAUCCCAUGGAAGGUACAUCUGAAAGUAUGGAAGAUGAAAAUGUGGUAUUUGAUAAAGGUGAUGAACGUAAAGAGGUAAAACUGGAGCCUUAUGCUAGUGUUCCAUCAAUGGAGGAAAGUGAAUCUAGUAAUGAUACCACUGCUGGUGAACCUAAUACUUCAAUGGAGCUUAAUGAGGAGGAAAGUGAUUCUUUAAAAAUAGUUGUCACUGUUCCAAACACAGAGACAGAUCAUUCUGUGGACUCCAAACCUGCACAAUCCACUUUGCAUAAAAUGAAAAUUUCCAAGGGACCUAAGAUUAAAAGGACUUUGUCCAGAGCAGAACGAUUGUCAAGGUCUCGCAAAAAUAAGACUGGGCUAACUCUGAAAAUGGGCUUCAAAGCUAGUCAUUUAAAAGCCAGUAAGCAAGCAGAAACUAAGCAGAUACCAAAACAGACUGAAACCCCUCGGGUUAGUUCACCACCCAAAGGGACUUCCUCCUUAAAACCAAACAUCAAGAGCGAGAAAACUGUGCAAAGACGAAGGAGCUUUAAGGGAGGAAGAUCAUCGUCAAUCAGUCCACGAGGGUAUGGUUAUUCUAUGGCUUUUAUGGACAUGGACAAAUCUGCUCCUCCAGUGGUCAAAGCAGAGGAGGAAGCUGAAGUAUCUAUACCAGAGCCAGGGUUAACUGCCUUAAACAUUUCUACCCAAAACUCUACCACUACCAUAGCCAGUUCUAUCAGCCCUACAAGCUCCACAGGAAUACCACCUGAAAAUCAACCUCUUCCCAAGAAACAGACCUAUCAGGCAAAGAAGUUUAGGUUGGAUCAAAUAACAGGGAAGUUGUCUGCUCAACGUCAAAGUGAAGCAAAAGCUGCUGCACAUUCACCAUCUGCUUUUCAAGUCACAAAGCCUCAUUCAUCCCCGCCUCCUCCACAUGCACUGCCAACUCCAUCACCACCAGCUAACCCACCCCCACCCUACCCUAGAGAGGCAUAUCCACCACCUGGACCCCCACCAUUGAUUUAUUCUCCCAUGCCGGGGUCAUGUUGUGCAACCCCGCAUCAUCAGCGCAUGUAUGGACCACAUCCAGCGCAUGGAAUUCACCUUCCACCAGGGCACAUGCAUCCACACCCAGACUACCCACCCCCAACAUCGGGGUACAUGCUGUAUGGUAUGCAUUAUCCCCCUCCUCCGCAUGGACACUGCAUCGGACAGUGUAAGUGAUGAAUGUGAAAAAGAUUGCUAUUAUUAGUUUAUUAAGAGUUCAGAAGAAAAAAAUAACAUUUAUUUCUGAUGAAACAGUGGUUCACUGAAUGGUCUUGUUUGGUCUAAUAGAAUUUUGCGGGCAAUCACAUGUCCAUGAAACCUACAUAUUAUAAAUACAUAUUCUUUUUCUACUAAAAGCGUGCAAAAAAAACACUGUUUGUGGUAAGAAACUUUUGUCUGACAAUGGUGUUAUCACAGCUAUUUUUGUUUUAAGUAUAUUUGAAAAAUAGUUUUGCUAAUUAAGGGCAAUGCUGUCCAAUUCACACUCAAGGGUACAAGGUGUAAAGCUUCCUUCUCAAAUGCUUUUGCUGACAGACAGGUUUCAUUUCCUAAAUGGUGAUCCCGCAAGGUUGCAAUAAAUUGUACUCUUGUGAUGUUCAAUGGUUUUGGUAAAACCUCCGACAAGCCACUUGUUUCUCAGUUUUCACUGUAAUGCAUUUUAGAACUGCUGGCAUUUGUAUUAU